AUGCCUGUGUCAAUUUUCUUGUCGGAUCCAAGUAACUGGACCAAGCCACAUGCCAACUCCCAGGGAGAACUAGUCACCAUCUCUCAUCAUAGGGAAACCACAGACGGUUCACAAUCUGAAGCAAUCAUAAAGAGGGGUAUUGAAGCACUUGGGAUCCUUCCUAGGAAACCUGAUGAUUUCGAUUAUGAUUUUGAAGAGAUCGGAUUGGGUAGAAUCACUUUUAUACUUGAAGAGGAGAUAUUAUCAGCAAUGACUGAAAGAGAAGGAGAGUCCGAAGUGAUAAGGGUUCUAAAAUGGGAUAAGAAAUGGGUAUAUCAUUCGUCCGCUCCUCCUUGUGAUAAUCCAGAUUGUGCAAGAUAUACUUCUGACAGAUUACCAAGCCAAGAAUCUUGGGGUACAUUCAUUCAAGAACAAAAUCACGACAAUCAGAGUUGUAAUACCGAUUGUGAUUUAUCGACGUUACUCAAAGGCUCAGAAGAUCUCAAAGUGGAACAAGAUCGGUAUAUUCCUAAGGAGCCGUAUAUCCGAUGGAUCUCUAUAGGGAUGAUCUGGGUACGAUAA